CCCGCCCGUGCGUGGUGCCCUCGGGAACCCUCGGCUGGAGGGACUGUCUCUCCUGCCGAGCCCGGUCGGGGCAGAGCCCGGCCUGCAGCUGCGAGGACCGCAGCGGCGGAAGGUGGCGCCUCUGUCCUGGAGCCGGGAUUCGCGGCCAUGACACUGUCGGCCCGCGCCUUCUGGCUGCUCCGCGGCCGCCUGGGCCGAGUGUCGGCGCUGGGCCGGAGCGCGGUGUCGCUCUUGGCGGCGCCGGGAACGGCCGGGCGCGCGUUCCGGGGCUUUCGGAGCAGCAGCUUGAGACAUGACGCAAUUAUUAUCUCAGGAACUGAAAUGGCCAAACAAAUCCAGAAAGAAAUACAGCGAGGUGUGGAAUCUUGGAUUUCUCUUGGGAAUGGAAGACCUCACCUCAGUAUCAUUUUAGUGGGUGAUAACCCAGCAAGCCACACAUACGUCAGGAAGAAGAUCAAAGCCGCUGCUGCUGUAGGUAUCUGUAGUGAGAUCAUUCUAAAACCUAAGGAUGUUUCUCAGGAAGAACUUUUGGAUAUAACCAAUCAAUUGAACAUGGACCCAAGAGUCAGUGGUAUAUUAGUUCAGUUGCCACUGCCAGACCAUGUGGAUGAGCGGACAGUAUGCAAUGGAAUUGCCCCGGAAAAAGACGUAGAUGGAUUUCAUAUUAUUAACAUUGGAAGACUAUGCCUGGAUCAGCAUUCUCUCAUACCUGCCACUGCUAGUGCUGUUUGGGAAAUUAUCAAACGAACAGGAAUUGAAACAUUCGGAAAAAAUGUGGUUGUGGCUGGAAGAUCCAAGAAUGCAGGGAUGCCCAUCGCCAUGCUCUUACACACUGAUGGAGAGCACGAACGGCCAGGAGGUGAUGCAACUGUGACAAUAGCUCACAGAUAUACUCCCAAAGAACAACUGAAGAUCCAUACUCUGCUGGCAGAUGUUAUUGUAGUAGCUGCAGGUAUUUUCACUCCACUCACCCUCAGCAGGAGCCUGUUUUAUCUCCAUAAUCUUCCCAUGCUAUUUAUAGUACAUGAAAUACAAAAGGAUGCUGCUCAAGUGGGUGUCCAUUUGGAGAAAUGCUUUGGUAUUCCAAAGUUGAUUACAUCUGAUAUGGUUAAAGAAGGUGCUGCUGUAAUUGAUGUGGGUAUCAACUAUGUCCAUGACCCAAUGACAGGAAAGACAAAAUUAGUUGGAGACGUGGACUUUGAAGCUGUUAAGAAGAAGGCUAGCUUUAUCACUCCAGUUCCAGGAGGCGUGGGACCCAUGACAGUGGCAAUGCUUCUCAAGAACACCCUUCUGGCAGCUAAAAAAAUCAUUUACUAGAUCACAUGAAAGAAUAAAGCAAACUGAAGUCAUGCUACGUAUCUAUUUGACAAAAGGCAAAAACCUUUAUAUUUUACUACAAAGCUAUUUCUACAUUGUAUUUAUUUUUUCACAGAUGGAAUCAUUGUGGAUCAGAUGAUUCACACAAUCUUAUGCAUUUCCUGCUAAUAAUUACUGAAUAUUUUGAGUGGAUGUUGAGUUUUAGGAAAAGAAAACAAAACAACUGCAAUGAAAACUUUGGUAACAGUUGUUUGUUUUGUGAUUAAUAUUUGUUCAUAACGUUAAAACUAAUAAAGGGCUCAUAAUAAAUGCACAUAUUUUUGACACAAAUAUCACAAAUAGUGUGUUCUCAACAAACAUUUUGUCAGACAAGUAAGCUCCCUUGUAAAAUGUAAUUUAGGUUUUGCCAUAAUUAUGCCCAAUUUUUAUAUAUUUUAUGUACUAUAUCAUAUGAUGAAAAAGAGUUUAUUUGCUAAAGAGU